UCGAUUAUCGAUAGUUAGUAUUUAAGUAGAAUUUUGUUAUUGUGCACUCGUGAAGAGAUUGGGCACACUAGGAUUGAAAUAAUGGCGCGUGUGGUGAAUUUGUCGUUGUUGUCAUAGAGUGUGGGAGGUUAAACUGCGAAUAAAACAUAAGUUGUACGCACACAUUGGCUUGUGUUUUUGGAAGCGGGUUGCCCCAUCGCCGCCGUACAUUUGUUUAAGGCAUCUCCCACACGAGCGACGACAGAAGCUUUUAUUCGCAGUCAGGCGACUGGCGACAUUGUUUUGGAACAACACCCUGGUGAGUGGAUCGAUAUUGCCUGGACGACAUGAUGCACCAUUCGCCCAGAAGGAGUCCCCGACUGAACGAGGGACAGAAUAUCGCACCGCAAGUAGAUGGCAGCGUUUUGGCCCCGCAAGCGUCGCAAGCCGGCGGCCGAGGCAGUGAAGCCCCGGCGUCAUCAGCGCAGCUGGCAGCAUCUGGAGCCACCAGGAAACCGAAGGUGGCCGACCUCAUGGAUAGGAUCGCCGAGUUGGAGAAGGAGUUGGAACGCGCUCGCAGCGCUAAUAUGGAACGCACUGACCCCGGUAUGUCGAGUGAGGUUGGGGUAGGUCAGCCGCCAUUUGCAAUCGGCCUGACCGUACCCAACGCAACAAGUGUUUAUCCGCCAUCCUGGAGCGGACCUCAAACGGUACCGUGUUCGCAGAACUGUACCACGAGGAUAAAUCACGCAUCGCCAUUUUGCGCUACCGGCAGUACUGUUCCAGCGCAUGGUUUCGGGCUGCAAAAUGAAGUGGCCGGCGGAACGUCGGUACGUGCGCCUUCCCCUGGAGACGGUGCUUGGGCGACGAGCAUUGGAGGAACUGCACGCUGGGCGCCACGAAAGCUUCCUGAACUGCCUACGUUCGGAGGGAAGCCAGAGGACUGGCCCAUUUUCUACUGCGCGUUUACGGAGACGACGCAAGCGUAUGGUUGUACGGACUUGGAGAACAACCUAAGGCUACUGAAGGCGUUAAAGGACGACGCGCGUGAGACGGUGAAGUCGUUGUUGAUUCACCCCAGCAAUGCGAAUGCAGCGGUGGAGCAGCUGCGAUUCAGAUACGGCCGACCGGAGCAGCUAAUACGCAGCCAGCUCAACAGCAUUCGAGAUGUGCCUGCAAUUACGGAGCACAACCUGGGAAAGCUCGUCGCAUUCGCCACCCAUGUCAGCAACCUCAAGGCUUUCCUACAGUCAGCGAAGGCGGAGCAGCACCUGGGUAACCCUAUGCUGAUGGAAGAACUUGUGGCCAAGCUCCCAAUAAGCAAACGUGUGGACUGGGCAAGGCACGCUGCAACCAUUCAGCCCUAUCCGACGAUUGUGGACUUCAGUUCGUGGUUGAUGGAACUAGCCAACGUGGUCUGCUUGGUGGCGGACAUUGAUGGAAGGGAGCCAAGGCGUCGAUUGCUUCAUGCCAGCGUCGACCGAGAGCAGGACGAGCAACAGGAGAGCUGCCGCAGGAAUUGUCCAAUUUGUGAAGGCCUUGGACAACAUGCAGUUCGGGACUGCCAACGAUUCAUUGGAGCCACACCUACAGAGAGGUGGAAACUCGCAAGAAGACAUCGCCUAUGCUUCAUGUGCUUGGAAAGUGGGCAUAUGACUGGAUCCUGCGCUGCGUCAGGAGAGUGCCCCGUGAACGGAUGCAGGAGGAAGCAUCACCGUCUUCUUCAUGAGGAAAACUAUGAAGGCUUCAGGAGACCGCCACAGCGAGGCGGCAAUUGGAGAGGCUACAACCGGCAGGCACCCGGACCGAGGGAAGGCGUCCAAGUAAACGAAGGAGCAGCCUCAUCCGUGGAUGCCUCUGCGACACCGGAGACAAAUUUGAGCUGUGUCGACGAGGACCGAGAACGACUUCUGUUCCGUGUAUUGCCGGUGACGCUAUACGGAGGUGGGAAGCAGGUGGAUACGUACGCUCUUCUGGAUGAAGGUUCUUCGGUGACGAUGGUCGACAACGAGCUGGUUGCAGAGCUAGGCGUACAAGGAGUACGUCGUCAGCUGAACGUUCAAUGGUUCGGAGGCAGGGCCACAAGAGAGCCUACUAACGUGGUACGUCUGGAGAUCAGUGGAGCAGGCAAGUCCUCCCGACAUGUGCUGAGAAACGUCUAUGCCAUUUCGAGCUUGAGUCUGCCGAUGCAGAGCCUGCACAGAAGGGAUGUGAGGAGCGUGAACAAGGACGCUCGACUACCGAUGAAGCCCUACGUAAAUGCAGUGCCGAAGCUGCUUAUUGGUUUGGACCAUGGGCAUCUAGGACUGCCAUUGAAAACGAGACGGUUUGCCAGCGAGGGACCGUACGCGGCCGCAACCGAAUUAGGAUGGGUUGUUUUUGGGCCUGUGGAAGGACGACGAGACACGCCACCACCAAGGUCUUGUCUGCUAGCCACGUCGUUGGAUGAUAACGUGGAACGGAUCGUCGAGGACUACUUCGAGAUCGAGAACUUCGGUGUGAAGGCGGCGCCAGCGGCCGCAGCCAGCGACGACGUGAGGGCUCAGAAGAUCCUGGAGGACACAACGGUGCGAGUUGGCCGCCGAUACCAGACGGGAUUGUUGUGGAAAACUGAUAACAUUGUGCUGCCACGUAGCUAUGAUAUGGCGUACAAUAGAUUGGUCAACAUAGAAAAGAAAAUAAAGCGAGAUGGGCAGUUCGCCCAAGAAUAUUCCCGGAUUGUUAAAGAUUAUGUCGACAAGGGAUACGCUCGGCGUCUGGAACGACAGGAGAUCGAUUCGGAAACCCAUAGAACAUGGUACUUGCCGCAUUUCGGAGUGGAGAAUCCCAACAAGCCAGGGAAGAUCCGAUUAGUAUUCGACGCAGCGGCACGAGUUGGAGGAGUGUCACUGAAUUCUGCGCUGAGCAAGGGGCCGCAACACUAUAAGGCCUUGGCAUCUAUCCUCUUCCACUUUAGGGAAGGUGCCGUCGGAGUCUGCAGCGACAUUAAGGAAAUGUUUCACCAGGUGCUGAUCCGACCCGAGGAUAGAUGUGCGCAACGCUUUCUGUGGAGAGAUGGGAAUGACCAACGGGACCCCGACGUCUACGAGAUGUGCGUGAUGACCUUUGGAGCAGCAUGCUCACCGAGUGCGGCGCAUCAUGUGAAGACAGUGAAUGCCAAGCGAUUCCUGGAUUCGGAUCCCAGAGCAGUCAAGGCCAUCGUGGACUACCACUACGUGGAUGACUAUGUGGACAGCUUCGCCACAGAGAGCGAGGCGAUCGAAGUAUCUAGCAGAGUGAAGAAGAUACAUGCGGAAGGCGGGUUUGAGCUUUGCAAGUUCUCGUCCAGUUCGCCUACAGUGGAGAGGAUGCUUGGACCCAGUGAUCACGCCCAGAGUGUUGGAUGGGGUGAGGCCGAGCAAAAGAUUUUGGGAAUGCGGUGGCAGCCAGCCACGGACGACUUCAGGUUUCGAGUGAAGUACCACAAAGUCGCCCCCGUCGUGUCCGAUGGGAAGAGAAUUGCCACGAAAAGGGAAUUCUUGAGCAUGGUCAUGUCAACGUUUGACCCCUUGGGAUUCCUGUGUUGUCUAAUGAUAACAGCGAAGUUGUUGCUGCGAGAGGUCUGGAGGAGGAAGAUCUCAUGGGAUGAACCACUACCGGCUGAGAUGUACAACGCCUUUAUGGACUGGCGUAAAGAGAUGGAGAAAGUGGAACGUUUUCGGUGCCCACGUCACUACUUUGGAUCCGGGCUGGUGAAGACUGUCGAGAUGCACGUAUUUGUGGAUGCGAGUCAGUCGGCAUUCGCAUCAGUGGUCUACUGGAGGAUCACGUACGAGGACGGCGACGUGCAAGUGAGGUUCGUGUGCGCAAAGACGAAGUGUGCACCGAUGCGAACGAUGACGAUUCCACGGUUGGAGCUGCAGGCAGCAGUUCUAGGAACGAGGUUGAUGGACACAGUCAGACAGGACCAUAGUGUGGCCAUUGCAGAGACUGUGCUAUGGACGGAUUCGAAGACAGUGCUGCGUUGGAUUGGCAGCACACACAGGCGCUACAAGCAGUUCGUAGGGAACAGAGUAGCCGAGAUUCUGGAGUCGACGAAGGUGGCCCAAUGGAGAUGGCUACCAUCCGCCGACAACGUGGCAGAUGAUGCAACUCGAGCGCAACGCAGCGUGGACCUAAGCGAGGAGUCACGCUGGUUAAGAGGACCGGCAUUCCUGAGGAGACCAGCGGGCAGCUGGCCAGGAACUGCACCCACCGACGAAGCGGAUGCAGAAGACGAAGAGGAGAUGCCGGGUGAGUUCGUGCUUGUUGGCGCGAGUGAUCCGUUUAUAUCGCUGGAGAGAUUCUCAAGCUACAGGCGAUUGCUGAGGACUACGGCCUGGGUCCUAAGAUUCAUACGUCGAUGCCGUGGACAACGAGAUGAGCUGGAGAACUACGGCCUCAAUGUAGCUGAGUGUGAAGCAGCUGAGGACUUGCUAUUCCGUAGAGCACAACGUGAGGCGUUCCCCGAUGAGGUGCAAGCCGCAGAGAAGGACUUGGACGUCGCUAAAGGAAGCGACAUAUGUGGACUGGCGCCAUACCUAGAUGGCAAUGGAAUCCUGCGAGCGUAUGGCAGGAUCGAUGCGGCGCUAUGUAUUCCAUACAGCGCCAGGAGGCCAGUGAUCCUCUCCCACCGGCAUGGUCUCACGGAGAUGAUUGUGCGCGACGCCCACGUGAGGAUGAAGCAUCAAAACGUGGAUGCUACGAUGGCGGAGAUCCGGACCAGGUUCUGGAUUACGAGACUGCGGAGAGUGCUUCGUAGUGUGAUCUCGGGAUGCAGCGAGUGUAAGCUGCAAAGAGCACGGCCGAUGCCGCCGAUUAUGGGACCCCUGCCAGAUGAUCGUUUGGACGCCUAUGGCUGGCCGUUUAAGAGCACAGGCCUCGACUACUUUGGGCCGCUGCUAGUGACCGUUGCUCGGCACCAGGAGAAACGGUGGGUGGCCUUGUUUACGUGCCUGACGACCAGGGCGAUUCAUCUGGAACUGGCACAUGACCUGUCGACUGAUUCCUGCAUACUUGCAAUCAGGAAUUUCAUCUGCCGUCGAGGGCCUGUACAUAGACUGCGCAGCGACAAUGGCAGGAACUUCGUUGGAGCAGACAGAGAGGCCAAGAGAUUUGCGGAGAUCUUCGAACCCGAGAGGAUCCAGUCGGAGCUGUCAAGCAAGGGAAUUGAGUGGAUCUUCAACUGCCCAGCGAACCCAUCAGAGGGUGGAGUCUGGGAGCGAAUGGUGCAGUGCGUGAAGAGGGUGCUACGCCACACAGUGAAGGAAGUGGCGCCGAAGGAGCACGUCCUGGAGAGUUUCCUAAUAGAGGCGGAGAACAUCGUUAAUUCUCGUCCGCUCACCCAUUUGCCAGUGAGUGCGGACCAGGAAGCCCCUCUCACGCCCAACGAUCUCCUCAAGGGAGCAGCUUGCCCACCGGAUACCCCCGGCCUGGAUGGAGGUCUCGUCAAGGAAGGAGCUACGCGGAAGCAGUGGCGCGUGGCAAGGAUGUUGAGGGACCGAUUCUGGAGGAGGUGGGUCUUGGAGUACCUACCCACGCUGACACGGAGAGAGAAGUGGUGCCGCAGAGAGAAGCCGAUUCAACGAGGAGACAUCGUCUUCGUUUGCGAUCCAGCCAUUCCGCGUCGAGACUGGCGGAAAGGCGUCGUGGAGGAGACCUUUGCUGGAACGGAUGGUGAGGUCAGACGAGCCCGCGUUAGGAUCAUGGAUGGAGAUCGGACCCGCUGGAUAAUGCGCCCCGCUUCAAAGUUGGCGGCUUUGGAUUUGAGUGAAGAAGUUCUUCACGGAGGUGGGGAUGUCGCGGAUCGAUUAUCGAUAGUUAGUAUUUAAGUAGAAUUUUGUUAUUGUGCACUCGUGAAGAGAUUGGGCACACUAGGAUUGAAAUAAUGGCGCGUGUGGUGAAUUUGUCGUUGUUGUCAUAGAGUGUGGGAGGUUAAACUGCGAAUAAAACAUAAGUUGUACGCACACAUUGGCUUGUGUUUUUGGAAGCGGGUUGCCCCAUCGCCGCCGUACAUUUGUUUAAGGCAUCUCCCACACGAG